UUGGAUUUGUAGUUGACUUCGAAUUGUUUUUUAUUAAAACUACCUGCUUGCAUAAUUCCUCUAGACAGCCGAAGGCAUCUUAUACCCGCAGAAGCCCAAAAAAACAAUUUUUCUGCACGAUAAGAAACGCAAAAGUUACAGCGAAAGCAUAUUGCAUGAUGUUAAAAGAGGCUAGGCCGAGAAAAUUUUGUCGACUUCCUGUAGGUAAUCAAAAAGACCAAAUGCGUGUGGAAAUCCAUUUGGGAAGUGAACCUGGUAGAGAAAGUGCAUAGUGGCCAGCAACUAAAAAAAACUGGCAAGGCAGGCAAGACAAGGCAAUAGUCAGCCAGAGAUACAGGGUUUAACUCUGUAGAUUGAGUUAUUACGUAAUACAACAACGCAUUAUUUUUAAUUAGUUGCAGUGCACUAGAAAAUAAAAGGGAAGCUAGUAAAUGUAAAUAUGCCACACAAGAUUGUAAUAAAACUACGAAGAUGAUCGAGGCAUUUGCGAACCAUCUGAGCAGUCAUCUUGGACGUCACCUUUUUUAUUGGGCAAUUACAACACCGACGCCGAGAGGUCUCGACGGUGUCCAUUACGGCCUCAAUCUGCGUCUGUCCGAGCUAAUCAACAAAAUUCACGGCCCCCUCGAGCGGGGUGUGAAGGUGCUGGAUCACUUGCUUACGCUCGAAGAGGACGACUUUAGCGGUCAUUGGGGCAGCGCUUAUGCGCACAACUAUGAACCGGAGUCCCAACUUCCUGACUCUGAAAACGAGGAGCAGCCUCCUGCCGAAGAACACUUGCCUAGAUCUUACAAUAUGGAAACACUUAACAAUGGCAACGGUCUCUUACACUCACCCCCGCACAAUCACCAGCAGCAGCCACAACAACGUGGAGCCGCAAUCACCUCCCCAGGGAUAAGUUCAGUGGGCGGUGCCACUGAUCACAACAUACAGAUUACGCAGCCCAUUAGUGCCCCAUCCUCACCACUGGCAUCGCCAAGUACUCUAACUUGCGGCAACAGUGGCAAUAGCAACUCCACCACAUUCUGUCUACCUUCCAGUUCAACUGACAUUGCAACAAUUGCCUCAAUAGCCGCGGUUGCAGGUGGCACGACCAAUGCAACAACGUCAACAUCCAACAGUGGCAGUGGCUCUUACGUGUGUGCGGCUGGCAGCAACGCCAGUUAUGCCGCCGUCGGCGCCUCGAAUGCAAUCGACACUGCCGAUCCAAACUGGCAAGCGAGCAAGGCGACAGUGUUGGAGCGCAAUGCAGCAAUGUUCAACAAUGAGCUGUUGUCGGAUGUGAGGUUCAUUGUGGGCGGUGAUUUUGAUUUCGAUCCGAAUCAAACAAUUCCUGCACACAAAUACAUUCUUGCCACUGGCAGCUCUGUGUUCUAUGCCAUGUUUUACGGCGGAUUGGCGGAAAACAAGGAAGAAAUCAAAGUGCCUGAUGUAGAACCAACGGCUUUUCUUACACUUUUAAGAUAUCUGUACUGUGACGAAAUCAAACUAGAGCCCGAGCACAUAUUGGCCACGUUAUACGCUGCCAAAAAAUAUAUUGUUCCACAUUUGGCGCGUGCUUGCGUUAACUACCUCGAAGUUAAGCUGACGGCAAAAAACGCCUGUCUACUUCUCAGUCAAUCGCGCCUUUUUGAGGAGUCCGAACUGAUGCAGCGUUGUUGGGAAGUAAUCGAUGCCCAGGCCGAGAUGGCAGUUAAAUCCGAAGACUUUGUGGACAUUGACCUGAAGACAUUUGAAUCAAUCUUAUCGCGUGAAACUUUAAAUUGCAAAGAGAUACACUUGUUCGAGGCCGCUCUCAAUUGGGCUAUAAAUGCAUGUGAAAAAAUGAGUAUCGACGAAACAUCACAAAACAAACGGCGAGUGCUAGGUCACGCACUUCAUCUGAUACGCAUACCGACCAUGAGUCUAGAAGAAUUUGCGAAUGGCGUAGCUCAAACUGGCAUACUCACAUCCCAAGAGACAAUUGAUAUGUUCUUACACUUUACAGCCAAAGAAAAGCCCAGCUUGAGUUUUCCUACGAGAAUACGUGCAGGACUUAAAACUCAAGUCUGUCACCGUUUUCAGUCAUGCGCCUAUCGUUCAAACCAGUGGCGAUAUCGGGGACGCUGUGAUUCCAUACAGUUCUCAGUAGAUCGAAGAAUUUUCAUCGUAGGCUUUGGUCUAUAUGGCUCUUCCACUGGAGCUGCAAACUAUAACGUGAAGAUAGAACUAAAGCGUCUAGGGCGCACUCUAGCCGAGAAUGAUACGAAGUUUUUUUCGGAUGGUUCAAGCAACACUUUUCAUGUAUUUUUUGAGAACCCCAUACAAAUUGAACCGGAAUGCUAUUAUACGGCCUCAGUUAUACUUGAUGGAAAUGAGUUGAGCUUCUUUGGCCAGGAGGGCAUGUCAGAAGUACUCAUGGGCAACGUUACAUUCCAAUUUCAAUGCUCUUCAGAGAGUACCAAUGGCACUGGAGUGCAGGGUGGACAAAUACCUGAAUUAAUAUUCUAUGGACCCACUACCGUUGUUACUGCACUCAAUUCGCCCACCAACUCAGUAAGCGCUGCCAUUGCAGGAUCCACACAGGCUAUUGCUAAUGGUAGUGGUGUCUCUUCUGAUAUUGGGAGUAGCAGCAAUACCAAUAAUGGCUCAGAUGAAAUGCUAUUAAUGAACAACGCCCCAACAAGCAACAGUGAUGGAAGCAACACUUGAUGCGCGCAGCUAUACUGCGCUGAAUGGCAAGGCGCCUGCUACUAUCGACAGCAGACACAACACCAUCUGCAACAUCAUAAGAGGCAGAUUCAGCUACAACACACACAUAAUAGGAACUCAUGGGGUUUCAGUGCAAUGCAUCAAAACAAAUUGGAGGUUUAGAAAUGCGAAAUUAACAUUAUAUAUGUAGUUAUUAUUCCCAUCAUUUACUUGAAGACAGUCAUAAGUAAAAGAAAACUACUUUUCUUUGUUAAUUAGGCAAGCGAGCGACAUGUAGGUGCAACACCACACCUAUCUAUUGAAAUAAACUGCUACUGUGUUUGAAGUACAUAUGUAGAUCUAAAUGCA